UGCUGAUUUGCACGAUGAGAACUACCUCCUAUUCUCAAAGCAAUAAAAGGCAGCCUGAAUCAGAAGAAGAAGAAGAAGAAGAAGCAGAGAUUAAUCAAGAGGAAAGAACUAAUGGUAGAUAGAUCAUAAUCAUAUAUCAUAUUCAGGCAUGGGGCAGUCCCUGAGGAAGCUGUUCGACAGCUUCUGCACAAAGGAGAUGAAGGUUCUGAUGCUUGGGCUGGAUGCUGCUGGGAAGACGACGAUUCUGUACAGGCUGCACAUUGGCGAAGUUCUGUCCUCCAUACCCACAAUCGGGUUCAACGUGGAGAAGGUGGAGUACAAGAACGUGGCCUUCACGGUGUGGGACGUGGGAGGCCAGGACAAGCUCCGACCUCUCUGGAGACAAUACUUCAGAAACGCCGACGCCCUGAUCUACGUGGUUGAUUCGAUGGACAGGGAAAGGAUAGGAGUAGCCAAGGAGGAGUUCCAGGCCAUCAUCCGCGACCCCCUCAUGCUCAACAGCGUCAUCCUCCUCCUCGCCAACAAGCAGGACCUGAAAGGGGCGAUGAGCUCGUCGGAGGUGUGCCAGCGGCUGGGGGCGUACGAGGAGCUCAAGAACCGGAGGUGGCACUGUCAGGGAGCCUCAGCGCUCACCGGCGACGGCCUCCACGGCGGCCUCGACUGGCUGGCCUCCACCCUCCGCGACGUCCAGACGUGGGGCACCUCCGUCCGCUUCUAGCAACUUGAUUCUUUCACGUCUUGAGAUUAGUUUCUCAAGAAUCGAUGAUCGCUAGCUGCAACCCAAUUCCAAUUUUUUGUGCUUGUUCAGAAGUAUAAUUGAGAAAAAUCAGUGCCUGUGGGGAAUUUGAGAGGAUCCUCACAUCCAAUGUAAGAGAACUAUUCCAUUAAUUUGCUGAGUGGGAUUUUGCACCA